AUGUCUCAUUCUCCCAAGACUAAUGGCUCCUCGCUUCACCUGUACGAGCCCAUCGAAGGAGUGGAAAAACUAGAAAGCUAUUGCGUGGGAGGCUAUCACCCCAUAACUAUCGGUGAUCAUAUUCACACUCGCUAUCAAGUGGUUCAAAAGCUUGGACACGGCACGUACUCGACUAUCUGGCUGGCCCGAGAUCAAAAACAUGGCAAAUAUGUUUCCAUCAAAGUGUGCACCGCGGAUUCGAACCCGCUUGAAUUCAGCGUCCUUUCGGAACUUUCCAACUCGCAACAAAGCUCAAGUACAGGCUUAGGAAAGACAAUGAUUCCUCAGGUACUGGACAGUUUUGAAAUUCGAGGACCUAAUGGCACGCACCCGUGUUACGUUUCAAUUCCGGCAAGAAUGAGUCUUUCAGAUGCAAAAGAUGCUUCAUACAACCGCCUCUUCCAAUUGGAGGUUGCUCGGGCUUUAGCGGCCCAGCUGGCUCUUGCAGUCGAGUAUGUCCAUUCCCAGGGAUUUGUCCACGGAGAUCUUCAUUGUGGAAAUGUUCUCCUCCAGUUGCCGUCUGACCUAAGUCAACUUUCCGUGGAGGAAUUGUAUAACAAGUACGGAGAACCGGAACUUGUAGCAAUAAGGCGUUUUGAUGGACGAUCUCUCCCACCAAAUAUUCCACCAGAGGCCGUUUUGUCAACCUGGCUUGGCGAAGCAAGCGACAAACUCAAACUUCCAGAGGCCAAAAUCCUGCUUAGCGAUUUUGGCGAGGCGUUCUCCGUUUCCAAGCAACAGAACUUUGAGUCCCACACUCCGCUUGUGAAUCGACCACCAGAGGCUCGCUUCGAGCCACAUAAACCUCUGUCCUUCCCAUCAGACAUCUGGUCGCUCGCAUGUGCUUUAUGGAGCAUCAUAGGUCAGAAUUCACUUUUUGACAGCAUGUUUGCGACAGAAGAUAGCAUUACUUGCGAGCAAGUUGAUGCUCUUGGUUUGCUACCCCGAGAAUGGUGGUAUAAAUGGGAGGAGCGACAUACCAGAUUCACGGAAGGCGGCAGGCCCAUUAACCGGGACCCUUACCGGUCGUGGGAAGACAGGUUCGAACAAGACAUGCAGGAGCCUCGACAAAGGAAAGGAAUGCCGCGCAUUGAACCGGCCGAGAGGGAUGCUAUCUUCAAAAUGCUGAAGUCGAUGCUCAAAUUCAGGCCCGAGCAUCGCUUUACUGCGAAGCAGAUCGUUGAAUGUGAAUGGAUGGUCAAAUGGGCUUUGCCUGAGUAUGAGAAGAUUCGAAAGAGAUGA